GGUUCUGAGGAUCAAAUUUAUGGCCGAUGCGGCACUCGCCCAUAUAUGGCCCCUGAAAUAUUCACAGAAUCUCACUAUACCAGAUCGGUGGACUGGUGGGCCUUAGGUGUCAUCAUUUAUGAGAUGAUACUUAGAAAGUUGCCAUUUGAUGGAGACAGUGGUUGUGAGAUUCGUUUAAAAAUUAUGUUUGAAAGGCCAAACUAUCCACCUACCCUGCCUGCGUAUGUCCGUGAUAUACUACAAGGACUGCUGAAUAAAAAUCCUGCACUGCGCCUGGGAUCGACUGUAGAAGGAGCGCACGCGGUUAUGGAACGACCAUUCUUCUUUGGAAUGAAAUGGGAGGCUUUAAGGAGGAAAGAAAUCAAGCCUAUGUUUAUUAUGAAUUACACUGAAUAAGUCUCUUCGAGUAAAGCUAAACUCAAGAACUGGGAAUUAUAUUUAUGGACUGUUUGCUAUAAUAAUGGUCUAGAAGAAAUGGCAAUAUUCUAAGUGGUGUAAACAUCAUGGGCCCGUAAAGUCCCAUGGUGCUAAUCUGCCUGUGGGUGGAGGGUGGGUGGGCCCUUGGACAAAUCUUGCCCAGGGCCCCGCAGGCUUCUGUUACCACCACUGAAUAUACAAGAGUGUUCCAGCUGCCUGAGGAAUAAAGUCUUCUGAUCCUCUGCUGCAAGUCAAAAUGACAAGAACAAGGAUGUUUCACUACUCAUCCGAGCAGCUUCUUCAGUUCAACUGACUGGUAUGAUCCAGAUGCAUCUCGGACCGGUAGAGCGACCUGCAGCACUCUCACUGUUUCACAGACCAGUCCGUCCGUCAGAGAUCUCCAUGUGAAGAUCCACUUGAUGCAGCUGCACCGAAUAAUCUUACCCUGGAAUAUAGUAUUCCAAAAUGUCUUUCUUUUAUAAAAGAAAAUAUAAAUAAAUGUAUUAUAUAUACAUGAA